AUGGCUCGAGCGAAAGGCGCACCCCGCGUAGAUCGAAGCCCGGUUGCCGGACCGAAUCCUCCUGCGGCACCAGAAAUCCGUUACCGCGGCGUUCGGAAGCGGCCAUGGGGCCGAUACGCGGCGGAGAUAAGAGAUCCGUGGAAGAAAGCCCGUGUCUGGUUAGGCACUUUUGAUUCUGCAAUUCAGGCGGCCCGGGCUUACGAUGCAGCUGCAAUUUCCUUCCGCGGCGCCAAAGCCAAGACCAAUUUCCCUAUCCCUCCUGAGGCUCUUGCUGCUCUGCUACCUCUUCCUCCUCCACCUCCGGUUAACCGUAGGCCUAAACCAGCCGUGCUUGCGAAAGAGGACAACACGGUUUAUGUCAAUUAUCCUACUUCGAGCGGGAUGAGUAGUACCGUGGAGUCGUUCAGUGGACCUAGGGUUGGUUCUUCUUCAACCUCUAGGGUUCCUGUGUUUGUUCCAAUUAAUCCAGUUGUUGCUGCUGAGGAUUGUCACAGUGAUUGUGAUUCUUCUUCAUCUGUGGUUGAUGAUGAUGAAGAUUGUGUUGUCGUUUAUUCACCGGCUUGCAGGCCUCAGCCUCGCAAUAUUGAUCUCAAUUUGCCUGCUCCGAUGAACUACAAUGAUGAAGAGAUCCGCGCCACCGCCCUCCAUCUCUGA